GGUAAAACAACACUUGAGAUUUUCACUUUCAUUCGUUUAAUACAAGAAUUAAUCAAGAUGGACUCCCAAAACAUGAGCUACAAUGCUGGACAGGCCAAGGGCCAAGCUCAGGAAAAGGCUAGCACCAUGAUGGACAAGGCUAGCAAUGCUGCUCAAUCUGCUCAAGAAUCCAUGCAAGAGGCGGGGCAGCAAAUGAAGGCAAAAGCACAAGGAGCUGCUGAUUCUGUGAAGAAUGCAACAGGAAUGAACAACUAAUGAACCUAAAUGGAUCAUUCUUGCUUUCCCUUCAAAUAAACCCUCUUCUCUUUUUCUGAUUCAUGCAUGUAUUUUGCAGAAACGUUAUUCCCCCCC